ACCAAGAGCCAGGUGAGGGACGGGGGCACCUUGUGUCUGGUUUGGCUUCGUGCGGCCGGAGGAGCCGGGUGUGAGUUCAAAGGUGCACAACGGCGGGGUUACAGGGGACCCAGCCCAGCAGAGCCCGGCCCAGCAGAACAUGCUGCUGAAGGCUGUGCUGCUCCUCUCCCUCCUGGCUGCCUUCCCAGCGUCACCGGCCCAGGCGGGGCAGGGCGGCUUCUGGGAAUACCUGAGCCAGCUGACCGGGGACAAGGACAGCCUGGAGCGGGGCCACGGCAAGCUGGGCAAGGACAUCACGAACCUGAAGGAAAGCGUUCAGGAUGGAGUCAGCUACAUGGGAGACUUCCUGGGGAAGCUGUCACCCCUCCCCAGGGGCCCCCAGCCCCAGCUGUCCCAGGACUCGGACAGCCUGCGGAAGGUCAUCCGGAGGGAGCUGGAGAGCCUGCGGGUGAAGCUGUCCCCGUACGUGGACGAGGUGCACCACCAGGUCGGGAAGCACCUGGACGAGCUGCGGCACCAGCUGCAGCCGUUCACGGAGGAGCUGCUGGACGAGGUGUCCCUGCGGGCGCGGGAGCUCCGGCGGCAGCUGCUGCCGAGCCGGGAGGUGACGGCGCAGCUCCUGGAGGGUGCCGGCGAGCUCCAGCGCUUCAUGGCCCACUACGCCGACAAGAUCGCCUUCCACACGGAGCAGGUGAAGGACAUCUUCCACCCGUACGCCGACAGGCUGGUCACCGAGAUCCACCGCAACGUGCAGGAGCUGCACCGCUCCGUGGCCCCGCACGCCCGCGCCACCCCGGAGCAGCUCAACCAGCACAUCCAGGAGCUGUCGGCCAAGCUGACCCGCAACGCGCGGGACCUGCACCAGCAGAUCCAGAAGAACCUGGAGCAGCUGAAGGCGAAGCUGAGCCUGUACCCCGAGAGCCUCGGGGAGCCCCCGGCCCCCCCCGGCCGAUACCGGGAGGCGCUGGCUCGGGAGGUGCAGCGGCGGGUGGAGGAGUUCCGGCGGGACACCUACGUCCAGAUCCAGGCCUUCACGCGGGCGCUGGACCAGGAGACGGAGGAGAUGCGGCUGAAGCUCAGCGCCCGCCCCGACCCGGCGGAGGAGCCGCGGGACGCGCCGCCGCCGCCGCCCGUGGAGGACCUGCGGGCGCAGCUGGACGCGCUGUGGAGGGACCUGGCGCUCAGCCUGGGCGGGGAGGCGGGCGGGGAGCGGUGACGGGCGGGGAUCGCGGGCCGGGGU